GCCCUGGGCUGCUGCCUGGAAAGCUGGGACCACCUCACGCCAUGGAAGCCAACCACGCCACCCCAUCCCCUGCACUGACAACGGCUGCUGGAGAAAACGUGUGUGAGGAACCCCGUCACCAUCUAUGUGCUCAACCUGGCCGUGGCUGACUUCACCUUCCUGCUCUUCAUGCUCACCUACACCCUGCUCUACUUCCUGAAAGACCUCUCCUGCUUCAUGCUGCCCAUCUCAGUAAGGCACCUUGUAUCACUCCUCCUGCUCUCCCUAUUUGCCCACAACAUGGGCAUGUAUCUGCUGGCGGCUGUCAGCAUCGAGAGGUGUGUGUCCAUCCUGUGCCCACUCUGGUACCGCUGCCGCCGCCCCCAGCACCUCUCAGCCGUGGUGUGUGCCCUGCUAUGGGUGCUCUCCAUCACUGUCAUCACCACCGUGACAUCCCUGUGCCAGUCCCACCAGCAUGAGCAGUGCCGUCUGGCACUCAUUGCCAUGUACGUCCUCAACUUCCUCCUUUUUGCCCCAUCCAUGGUCAUUUCCAACAUCAUCCUGCUCAUCAAGGUGCUGUGCAGCUCCAUGCAGCGCCAGCACAGGAGGCUCUACAUUGUCAUCUUCCUCACAGUCCUCUUCUUCCUCCUCUUUGGGGUCCCCCUCAGCAUCUGGAAUUUCAUGCAGCAUUUCAGCUUUGACCCACCUGGGCAUCACCAGGUGUUUUUCCUGCUCGCCUGCAUCAACAGCAGCAUCAAUCCCUUCAUCUAUGUGCUGGUGGGCAUUGGCAAGAGGCACUGCUCGUUGGCAUCCCUCCAGGUUGCCUUCCAGAGGGUCUUCGAGGAGACUGGGGUCACUGUGAUCUCUGCCUGAGAGCCCAAUAUGAUUGUGCUGUCCCAGCUGCAUGCCCACAUCCACAUGGCCAGGCCUGGUAUAUCACCCUCCCAUGGCUGUGUGCCAUUAUGUAUUCUUGCAUGGUCAUUAUUUUACCCCAUCCCUGUCAUCCCAUUCCUAUCCCUCUCACAGUCCCAAUCCUUUACCUGCCACCAUGUCUGUCUCUCCAUCUUCAUCCCCAUCUCCACCCCAUUAUUGUCCCUGUGCAGUCAUGUACUGCCCCAUUCCCUCCUCUCCCAAUUCCCAUCCCCAUCUCAGUAUUUGUCCCUUCCUCACUAUCUCACCCCUUCCCACCCCGUUCCCCAUCCUGUCCCCAUCCUCACCUUCAUCUCAUCUCAUCCUCUCCAAUUCUCAUCCUCUUCCCACCCCAUCCUAUCUCUACGCGCACCCCCAUCCCAUCCAACAGCCAUGCUUGUACCGACCCCGGUUCCUGUCCUACUCAUUCCCAUCCCGAUCCACGUUCCAUCCCAUCCCAUCCUCACCCCCGUACCCAUCCCGAUCUAACUCCCAUGCCUACCCUACCCUCACCCCCACCGCCGUCUCAUCCCCACCCCUUCCACAUCCCCCCCGGUCCCUUUCCGUCCCCUCGUUCUCUAGCCCCAGCCGAUGCGGAGCGCGGGGCUCUGCUGCCCUCCAGCGUGGAAAGUGGAGAACGCUGCUGCCCGUCAGCAGUCCCGAGGAAUACCGACCGCAUCGCGGCUCUCUGCGGAGGAUCUGCCGCCUCCGGGUCCCGCUCCGCUGCGGGCAUCUCCGGCUCUGCCCCCCAAAUAAAGCUGUUGCUCUGUCA